AGCGGAGAUCAUCUGUGUCAGUGGCAAAUCUACAGGCAACGGACAGCUAACCUAUAGUUCAUCUGAACUCUUGGGACUACGGCAUGUCGGUGCACCAAUUUUGCCCGGUUAGCUUAACAACGUGCCCCAGGAGUUACGUCGGGGCCCUGACCCAGCGACUGACAGAGGAAGGAAAGUCAGGAAGAGGGGACGAAGAGGCGGCAUUCGGCAUCGUGUCCCGGGAGCAAACAAACUGCCGCUGCCAUCUAUAAUCCUCUCCAACACCCGUGCUCUCAAAAACAAACUGGACGAUCUGCACCAGCAGCCAUGAGUGACUCCAACAACUGCAGUGGUCUGAGGAGUCUGGAGAACGGACAGACAUUUUUUCGUUACCGGGGGCUCUUCGUCAUCUUCAGCUGUCGUCAUGGUUACAGGCUCCAUGGACACAAGACCAACAGUUGUGUGUCGGGGCGGUGGUCCCGGGAGCCCCCCAUCUGUGUCGGCUCCGGUUGCCCGCCCCCUGGUCCAGUGGCUCACGGCUCCUUCAGUGUGAACAGUGACUCCUCUUGGGCGGAGUUUUCGUGUGACGUGGGACACAAGCUCAUCGGACCCUCCGCUCUGUACUGUAAAGGAGAUGAGUGGAGCAGCCCCCAACCUGUGUGUGAAGAGUCUGACCUGAUGCACUCCCACCCCUUCAUAGUGAUCUCACAAAAGCCGACCGUUAACUGGACCCUCCAGGCCACCGUAGAUCUCAAAACUAAAACACCAUCCCAUCAUAUAACAGAAGCCACUCCUAAAAAUACAUCUCUUCACUUUGACAUCACCAACUCCAGAACGGAUGGAACAAAAUCAGAUUUACUACAACAAAUUUCAACAGUAACUUCUGAAGAAAAUCAAGACAUGCACAAUCUGUCAACUACACAGAAAAGAUUUUCAAAAGAGCUUCUACCAGCUGUUACGUCCCUUAAGACUACAACUAAUGAAUUCUCAGCAACUUUUACUACAAUUUUAAAACAUGAUCUAACCCAAGCUGCUACUGUGCUACCAUCUUUUCAAAUACUUCCAACUUUUAACAAUCCUAUAAUUCAAAAUCUUCCUGUUUCUUUCAAUCCAGUGAUGACCAAAACAACUAAAACUCCUGUACCCCUGUCUCUUAGCUCUACAAUGUCAACUUUAGCUAAGUCUUACGGUACUACAGCAAAUUUGAAAUCUACUUAUGGGACCACUUCUCCAGGCUUGGGAAUCACCCCUAACCAAAAUAUUAAGUCUUCAACUAUUUCAGACAAUAUAUGGACCACUGACCCACCUGUGCUCUUGCAAUUCACAUUAAAGGACCACAACUACCACACUACUACUACCACAACUACACCUCAAAACGUUGCAACUACUUUUAAAUCAGAAGAAAGCAAGAUAUUUUCAACCACACAAACCAAAAAGACAGAACCAAGCGUGUCCAGUCCCUUGUGUCCAGAUCCUCCUGUUCCAGUGAAUGGGGCUUUUUAUUUUGGAAACAAAGAGACAGCGUGGCCUAUAGAAAAACAACAUAUCCAGUAUGUCUGCUCCCCUGGGUUUGUGCUGGCCAAAGGGGAUGCUGUCCGGUACUGCCAGGAGGGAACGGCGUGGAGUGGAAUUACACCAAUUUGUGAAGAUGUGGAUGAGUGUGUGCUUCCUGUCGCUGUGACUGGAUGCCUGUUUGGUUGUGUGAACAGUCCUGGGAGCUUUCACUGUCUCUGCCCCUCCGGAUUCACGAUUCAGAGCCCAGACGCACACUGCCAAGAUAUAAAUGAGUGCGCACCUAACAGCGGUAUGGGCCCUUGUUCGGAGCGGUGCCAUAACUCUCCCGGCUCAUUCCACUGCUCUUGUUCAUCUGGAUUCACUUUGGCUGCAGAUGGACUCACCUGCAUCUCUGAGUGUCCCAACGGAUACAGGAAACAGCCCAACAACUCAACACUGCCCCCUACAGGCCAGUGUGUAGAUAUAAAUGAAUGUGAACACAGGGAAUGGUGUGAAUGGAAGUGCGUAAAUCUGCCUGGGUCGUACCGCUGCAUCUGCCCCAGAGGAUUCACCCUGGCACAGGACGGGAGGCGGUGCAGAGAUAUAAAUGAAUGCAGUGACAAAAAUGGUGGCUGCUCCCAUCUGUGUAUAAACCGAAGAGGGACGUUUAAAUGCUCCUGCCCCCGCUCCCACCGCCUCUCCACCUACAGCUGGAGCAAGUGUGUCCCAAGAAUAUCAACUGUUUAG